GGUGGUAUUGGAUUAGCGUUUGUUGCGUAUCCGAUGGCGGUUCUAAAGAUGAAUCCACCCGCUCUUUGGUCUUUCUUCUUCUUCUUCAUGUUGAUAUGCCUGGCCUUGUCUUCCAUCUGUGGCGGGGUGCAGACAUUCCUAGCGUUCAUACUCGACGAGAAACCAGAAUGGACCGGGAAGCGUAUAUAUAUCGUAGUUGGAUCAUGCUUCUUCUUUUUCCUGUGUGGAGUACCAAUGUGCACAACAGGGGGAAUUCAUCUUUUUCAAAUAUUUGAUCAAAGAUGUACUUCCUCCCUCUUACUUCUCUGCUUUGUAGAGAUGGCAUUGGUAGCCUGGGUGUAUGGAUAUCAGAAGUUUCUGGGAAAUAUUGAAGAAAUGGGAAUACAACUUUCUAAACCAAUCAGAUCAAUGUGGAUUGUACUGUGGUGUGCAGUCUGUCCAAUCAUAAUUCUGUUUAUUGUUGUUCUUAAAUGGGUCAGCUAUAAACCUAUGAAAUUUAACGAUGAUUAUGAGUACCCAGCUGGAGUGCAAGCUGUUGGAUGGAUAUUUGAACUUCUACCAACAGCUAUUACAGUUGGAUACUUCUUUUUCUCAUUGUACAAGAAUGGUAUUCAUGAGAGUUUUAAUCCAUCUCCUUCCUGGGAACUCACAAAUGCAAGCUUAGCAUUGCGACUCAAAAAAACCAAGGACAAUGAAGCAUUCUUUGAUGAAACAGUGUACAAAGUUACAGCCUCGCCGAAGAAAGAAAAAAUGACGGAACUUUAAAUAUUUAGUUUAUUUUGUUCAACUCAUCAGAUUAUCUUCUUAUCAGCUCAACAGUUUAUCUCCUGAUCAGCCCAUAAGCUCAUCAGCUUAUUUACUAAUCUAUUGGUUAAUUCAUCAGAUUAUCUUCUUAUCAGCUCAACAGUUCAUCUCCUGAUUAGCCCAUAAGCUCAUCAGCUGAUUUACUAAUCUAUUGGUUAACUCAUCAGAUUAUCUUCUUAUCAGCUCAACAGUUCAUCUCCUGAUUAGCCCAUAAGCUCAUCAGCUUAUUUAUUAAUCUAUUGGUUAACUCAUCAGAUUAUCUUCUUAUCAGCUCAACAGUUCAUCUCCUGAUUAGCCCAUAAGCUCAUCAGCUUAUUUACUAAUCUAUUGGUUAACUCAUCAGAUUAUCUUCUUAUCAGCUCAAUAGUUCAUCUCCUGAUCAGCCCAUAAGCUCAUCAGCUUAUUUACUAAUCUAUUGGUUAACUCAUUAGCUCAUCACCUGAUUUACUAAUCUAUUCAUCUGAUUAAAAACCUAUCUGUUCAUCUUAUUAUAAGCCAAUCACCUCAUCAUCUUAUCAGCUCAUCAUCUCAUCAGCACAUCAAUUCAUCCAUCAGCUCAUCAGCUCAUCAACUCAUCAGCUCAUCAACUCAUCAGCUCAUCAACUCAUCAGCUCAUCAGCUUAUAACUCAUCAGCUUAUUAGCUCAUCAGCUCACCAGUUCAACGGCUCAUCAGUUUAUAAGCUUUUCAGCUCAUCAGCUCACCAGUUCAAGGGCUCAUUAGUUUAUUAGCUUUUCAGUUCAUCAGCUCACCAGUUCAAGGGCUCAUCAGUUUAUCAGCUUUUCAGUUCAUCAGCUUAUUUGCUGAAGCUUAUCAGCUCAUUAGUUUAUCUUCUCAUCAGCUGCUGCUGCUGCUAAUAAUAAUAAUAAUAAUAAUAAUAAUAAUAAUACUAAUAAUAAUA